CGACAGCAGUGACACGUGACCCAGUGACGCACCACGCGCCUCCAUAGUAAAGUGACCUCAGCGAAGUCCGCUAUAACAGAACCGCCGCCGCACCUACAGCAGAUUACAGCCGCCUGGGCACAGCGACCACAAGAACCAACUCGAUCAAAGGUGCCUAUGGGAGACAUUGCAAAGGGAAAGAAGGCCUUCGUCCAGAAGUGUGCCCAGUGCCACACUGUUGAGGAGGGGGGCAAGCACAAAGUGGGCCCCAACCUCUGGGGUCUGUUCGGGCGGAAGACAGGCCAGGGAGAGGGCUACUCGUACACGGAUGCCAACAAGAGCAAAGGUAUUACAUGGGGGGAUGACACUCUGAUGGAGUACUUGGAAAACCCCAAGAAGUACAUUCCCGGAACCAAGAUGAUCUUCGCUGGCAUCAAGAAGAAGGGAGAACGCACAGACCUCAUCGCAUACCUGAAGUCGGCCACGUCAUAAGAGGCUCAGAAGAAAAAACGAUUUCAUAUCGCUGUGGUUUUUAGUCUUUCAUUUGCUAAAAAAACAAAUGGUUAGCUAGGUUGAUUUUGAGUAAUGGGUCACUUUUUUGACAUAACCUAACUUAAUUUGUAAAGCUUAAAAGUGAUUUAUUGUCAAAAUGACCUAACACAAACCAAACUGUAUAUUUUGUGUGUGUGUGUGUGUGCGAGCAUCUGUACCUUAACAAUGGCUAACCUUAAUCACAUUAGAGAAGGGAGAGAGAGUUAACUAUCAUGUUUUGGACCUUUCAGAUGGUCUGCAUCCAUACGUCCAGUAGCUUGGGCUUCUAGAGCCAUCAGCCUUUUCACGAAAACAUAAUACUCACCAAGUCCUCUAAUAGGAAGAAAUAUGAUUUUUUAGUGUUGGAGAAAUGAAGGAUGUGGGAAUGUAGAAUUAUUUCGGCAGCUAACAGGUUUUUAACAACACCAGAACUCAGAUAUUAAAAUUGGAGGGGGGGGGGGGGGGGGCAAAUCCGGGCUCCCGGUUACAUCUGUGGAGUUGUAUCUUUAGAGAUCGGUGGCGUGUCAUGAAUGCAGAUUAUAUUCACCGAUAACGGGUUGAAUGUCGUCUUUUUCAAUGUGGCCUGUUUCAUGCUUAUGGCUUUUUUCAAUGACCCCCUCUACAACUUGCUCUAAUUAGGUGCUGGAUUUAACCCCCAUACUCACUCUACCCCUCCUCUCCCAAAGCCAUUGAUGUUCGGUCAGAACAGGCAACACUGCUCUUCCACCUGAUACUAUCUCCUGUAAUGCCUGGCCAAGUUAAUGGCCAGGAACUGGUUGCCAAUGGACAUAACAAACGAUAUCAAUGGUACUGAUGAAAGACCAAUGUUAUAAAUAUUUACCUGGUUUCACAGGUCUGAAAGUGGACCGUUUUAACUUAUUUUACUGUACUCUGGCUGUCUGAAGUAUAUUUUAAUGGGAAUGCACAUGUGAAAUAGUCAAAUGUGAAAUCGAUGGUUACAAAACAAAAGAUUGAAUAAAAAUGCUGGCUACCAU